UUCUUUGAUUCCCUUCACCACUAUAUAUAUAUUAUAGCGUGCGUUACUCACGUAUUGUUUUCCAUUUUUUUUUGUAUAUGCUUUUCUAUUUCCUUCAUCUUUUCAUAUUUCCUUUUGUGGGUGUUGUUGGCUUCGAAGUAUAUUGUGUUGUGAAUGGGUUCCAUCAGAGGGAUCAAGAAGAGGAAGAAGGCUGACAACAAGUAUUGCCAAGAUGCCACCAAAAUCCCAUUGCACUCCCAACUCAAGCCACCCUUCGAUUGGUGGCAUCACUUCUCCCGAAGAAUUUCAGGACCUUUAUCACAAUGUAAAGAUGUAGAGAAAUUUGAGUCUGUUUUCAAGAUUUCAAGAAAGACAUUCAACUAUAUAUGUUCUCUUGUGGAAGAAGACAUACUGGCCAGAUCACCAAAUUUCGUUGAUUUAAAAGGUAAGCGUUUGUCUUUGAAUGACCAAGUAGCUGUUGCUCUUAGAAGGCUUAGCUCUGGUGAGUCACUGUCAACCAUUGGCGACUCAUUUCGGAUGAACCAGUCAACUGUUUCCCAAGUAACAUGGCGGUUUGUGGAAGCAAUGGAAGAGAAAGGGCUCCGCCAUCUUAGUUGGCCUUCGACUGAAACGACCAUGGAAGUGAUUAAAUCCAAGUUUGAGAAUAUACAGGGCCUUUCUAAUUGUUGUGGUGCAAUUGAUAGCACACACAUACUGAUGACUUUGCCCGCUACAGACUCUCUAAACAAUGUAUGGCUUGAUCAUGAGAAGAAUUGCAGCAUGGUCUUGCAAGCCAUUGUGGAUCCGGAUUUGAGAUUCCGUGACAUAGUUACUGGAUGGCCAGGAAGUGUGAGUGAUGACCAUGUGCUUCGAAGCUCAGCUUUUUUCAAACUUGUUGAAGAAGGGAAGAGGUUGAAUGGGGGUAAGAAAAUACACCCGGAUGGAACAGUCUUAAGGGAUUAUGUAGUUGGGGAUACAGGGUUUCCCCUUUUGCCAUGGCUUCUUACCCCUUAUGAAGGUGAAGGCCUCUCAAAUGUUCAGGUUGAGUUUAAUAAGAGGCUUGCUGCAACCCAAAUGGUGGCCAAGAGAGCAUUGGCUAGGCUGAAGUGGAUGUGGAAGAUAAUUGAAGGUGUGAUGUGGAAGCCUGAUAAGCACAAGUUACCAAGAAUUAUUCUCGUUUGCUGCAUACUACAUAAUGUAGUUAUCGAUAUGGAAGAUCAAGUGCAGAUUGAUAUGCCCUUGUGCCACCAGCAUGAUUCAGGAUAUCAAGACCAAACUUGUGAAUUUGCCGACACUACAGCCUACACUUUGAGAGAGAAGCUUUCUCUUUACUUGUCAAGCGAACUGCCUCCACUAUGAAAGAUCAUUCAAUAUGACUGUUACAAUUUAAAAAUGGACUUUUACUCCCAUCUUCAUGUUUGUUGUCAACUAACUUUGACAAAACAAAUUUUAGUUGCCUCUGGUUCAAUGUCAAGA